UUUGAGCGCGGUAGCUGUCAGAUAGUGGAGACAGACGGAGAGAGGACACCCACCCUGGUCGCCUCGUCUUACUAUAUCAAACCCUCCUUCACUCGGCGCCUCCAGAAAGGCAUUUCACCGCUCCAACGGCCGUGCAGCUGCUGGGCGGACCCGCAUUUUAAUACGCAAAUUUAGCGCAAAAUUACCGCGUUAAUUUUUUUUUUCCUCCGGAGCUGAUAAAGUGUAAAGAAGCUAGAGACAGGGGAGAGACAUGGCCACGACAACCUGUACGCGAUUCACAGACGAAUAUCAGCUAUACGAGGAGCUGGGAAAGGGAGCCUUUUCAGUGGUGCGCAGAUGUGUGAAGCUGUGUACAGGACAGGAGUAUGCCGCCAAAAUAAUCAACACCAAAAAGUUAUCUGCAAGAGAUCACCAGAAGCUGGAAAGAGAGGCUCGGAUCUGUCGCCUGUUGAAACACCCCAACAUCGUUCGUCUUCAUGACAGUAUAUCAGAGGAGGGUUUCCACUACCUCCUGUUUGACUUGGUGACCGGAGGUGAACUGUUUGAGGACAUCGUAGCCAGAGAGUAUUACAGCGAGGCCGACGCCAGUCAUUGCAUCCAGCAGAUCCUGGAGGCGGUGCUUCACUGCCAUCAAAUGGGCGUGGUGCACCGGGACCUGAAGCCAGAGAACCUGCUCCUAGCAAGCAAAUGUAAGAAUGCCGCAGUGAAGCUGGCCGACUUUGGCCUGGCCAUCGAGGUGCAGGGGGAUCAGCAGGCCUGGUUUGGAUUUGCUGGCACACCGGGGUACCUGUCCCCUGAGGUAUUGAGGAAGGAGGCAUAUGGUAAACCUGUGGACAUCUGGGCCUGCGGGGUGAUCCUCUACAUCCUGCUGGUGGGUUACCCUCCUUUCUGGGACGAGGACCAGCACAAGCUGUACCAGCAGAUCAAGGCUGGGGCUUACGACUUUCCUUCCCCAGAGUGGGACACAGUCACCCCAGAGGCCAAAAACCUGAUCAACCAGAUGCUGACCAUCAACCCAGCCAAGAGGAUCACUGCUCAGGAGGCCCUCAAGCACCCAUGGGUCUGCCAACGGUCCACAGUGGCGUCUAUGAUGCACAGACAGGAGACCGUGGAGUGCCUGAAGAAAUUCAAUGCCAGGAGGAAACUUAAGGGGGCCAUUCUUACUACCAUGCUGGUUUCUCGAAAUUUCUCUGUGGGCAGCAGGCAGACCACCGCUCCAGCCUCUGUCACUGCGGCCGCGGCAGCAGUGGCUGCAGCCGCCGGCACCACCGCAGGGCUGGUGGAACAAGCUAAGACCUUGCUCAACAAAAAGGCAGAUGUCAAGCCCCAGACAAACAGCACCAAAAACAGCAUAGUCACCAGCCCCAAAGGAAACAUCCCUUCACCUGCUCUGGAACCUCAGACAACUGUCAUCCAUAAUCCAGUGGACGGGACGAAGGAAUCAUCAGACAGCAGCAACACCACCGUGGAGGAUGAAGACGUGAAAGCUGCCGCAAAGUUUGCUGACCUGCUGGGCUCAGUGCGUAGGGGCUCAGGGCCCACAUCCGACGGGGAAGGGAGAUCCAUCACUCCACCUCCCACUGCCUUCUCCGCUCCCUCCCCUCCACACACCCCUGUUGUCCCCAUGCAGAUGUCUCGGCUCACAGACCUGGUAAGCAGCGUGCGCAGGGUGCCGGCGGCCCCUGCACCCGAGAGUGACGCUGCACCGGCGCCGGUACCCAGCGCCAGGCCCACCCCUGCACCUGCACACACCACCUCCUCACCUCCCCCUCACUCCCCCUCCAGCCCUUCCCUGUCCUCCUCUCAGACACGCAAACAGGAAAUUAUCAAGAUCACUGAACAGCUGAUAGAAGCAAUCAACAAUGGAGACUUUGAGGCAUACGCUAAGAUCUGCGACCCUGGACUGACCUCGUUUGAGCCAGAGGCGCUGGGCAACCUGGUAGAGGGGAUGGACUUCCACAGAUUCUACUUUGAGAACCUUUUGGCUAAGAACAGCAAGCCCAUCCACACCACCAUCCUGAACCCCCACGUCCACCUGAUCGGCGAGGACGCGGCCUGCAUUGCUUACAUCCGCCUGACUCAGUUUGUCGACAACCAGGGUCGGCCGCGGUCCAGCCAGUCGGAGGAAACUCGUGUCUGGCAUCGCAGAGACAGCAAGUGGCAGAACAUCCACUUCCACUGCUCAGGCGCACCAGCUGCGCCACUCCAGUGAGGGUUGAAUGCCAUAGCUUUGUCUGUCAGGAGUGCUCUGCUGGAGAGAGAGAGGAAGAGGAGGAGGAGGAAGGGAUGAAAGAACAAGUCCAGUGUCGGUUUAGGGACAGGCCCCUCAACAACAAACCCUCCCGCACUGGACGCCCGGCCUCAUCCCCCAGCAUGCAUCUCUUCUUUUACUACUACCGCCCCCCCUGUCUAUCGCCUGCCCUACAACAUCUUCUGACAACCAUCAACCAAACAGCUCGACAGCCUUCACCCCCUCCGGCUUCCUCUUCUUCCCUCCGGCACGCUGGGUGAUUGGCGGGGGGUGGGGGUGUUUUCAACACUCAGUGUGAUUCCUUCUUCCUGUGGUUCCCUCCCUCCCCUCGUCCCCACAAAUUUUGUGACACCUACCCUCUUGUCCUCCUGUGAAUCCACACUUGUGUGACAUAAACACUGCACUGGAAAUACAGUAUGUAAAGUUUUAAGUAAAAUCUAUUAUUAUCAUUACUAUAUUAUUAUUAUUAUGAUGAUUAUUAUUACACAUUUGCAAAUGUAUAUGUAAUUUGUAUAAUUCAAAAUUCUUGAUGCCAGUGGUUUCUAGAGUUGAAGGAAAUCUUUUUUUGUUUUUCUCUUUAUCUUUUUAAGGAAGCAUGUUUUUUUCCCAUAUUAACAGUGGCUGUUUUUUAUUGUGGCUAUUAAGUGGAAAAUGAUAUUGGCAGUUUUUGUAAUUUGCUUCUUGUAUGUGAGCUAUAAUACUGCGCCCACACUCAUGGUCAACAUGUUUUUGUUUGUUUGUUUGUUUGUUUGUUUGAGGUGUUCUUUUUUUUUUUUUUUUUUUUGGAAGGGGUGUGUCUGAUGGUGUCAUGUGUGAAUGUAGAGAGUGAGUCCUUGCGUGUGUGUGACUGUGGUCCUGUGGUCGUGUAAGUCAGACAUACACAGUGUGUGUUUGUCCACACCAGACGAUUCUGUAUAGCUGCAGGAACCUGUUAUUUUUCCCUUGUUGCAAUGUGAACGCUGAGCUCAGUGUCUUCCUGCCUCGAGACGUGAACAUUUCCAACACACAAAGCAGAUGGCGUGCAGUAGGAGUUUUGCGGUGAAUUUACGGUGGAUGACACUGUAAUGGUCGAAUGCCCUACACUCUCGCACCCUGAUUGAUGAGGUCUAAAAAAAAAAAAAAAAGAAGAAAAACAUGUUGCUUUUUUUAGCAGCAAUGUUUCCUUCCUUGUUUUGUAACGCUGCCAUGAUGAGAGGAAAAUCUGUUCGCAUGACAAUAAGAACAUCUUAAUACAAUACUUAAUGUUGGAGUGACAUAUUGUUUUGUUAAGACAAACGCAUCCCCUUUUCACCUUAUUACAAAAAAAGUUUAAUAUAAAGUAAUUAUUUGUGCAUAUCUUCCAUGUUACAACAAGAAAAACGUCCGGUCCAAAGAGGAGAUAUCAUAGCCAAUAUUGAAGAAAUCAACAAUGUUUCGUUUAAAGGAAUCAUUUGAUUUUUACUUGACUUUCGGGAUGAGAUACCGUUACACAGAUUCUGCUUUGUCUGAGCACAGUUGUGCACACAGAAGCAUAUGUUAAGAGCAGUUUUUAAUCAUGCAGGGCCUCACAGGAGAAGGAAUCAGUCAGACGCCAUACAGGUAGCAUCGUUUCUUUUGAAGGGAUUGUUUGGGAUGCUUAUCAAUAGUCAGUGUACUACCAAGUGAAUGUCGGUCGGCAAGCCCCCAGUUUUGAGAAGCAGGCAGGAGCACCACCACAGACAUAAUGCUGUGGACGUGAGCAGCACCAAAUGUAGUCAAGCCCCCUAAAAAAAUCUAUAUACACAGCUAUAUUGAGAAUAUUUUCAUCACUUUUCCUUGACAGACGUGAACAUUUCCCUUUUUGACAGGGAAAGUUUGACAGUAAUUGAACGCGGUAGCCGCUGUUCUACAGCUGCCUCUUUGUGUGACUCUGGUGAAUCUGGUGAAACAAAAUAUCUGAUCUGAUGACUUUGAAGAGAGCAUAGAUAGAUAGCUUCAGUCUGGUAGCAAGGUAAAGCAGUGAAAAUAUUCUCAGUAGAGAGUAAACUGAUAUUAAGUCACCGAAAUAGGUUCUGCUGCUGCCCCCCGUCCACAGCAGUACAUUGCUUAGCUUCCGUGUCAGUACUCCUGCCUGCUUCUCUCAAACUGGGAGCAUGUUGACCACCAUCUCCUGUAGCCAAUACACUGACUAAAAAUACGUAUCACAUACAGUCCUUCUUUAAAAGAUCCAAACUUUCCCGGCUCUGUUUUAAAGUAAAGGAUUAUUUUUGACCAGAGAAACAUUAACAGGUUCAACUGGACACUAAAACCAUAUUGGAAUAAUAUUGUUUAAAACUGUUUUGAGCAAAUUCAAGGUAUUUUUAAAAUCAAAGGUGUCGGAGUAGAAUUUCCCCCGUGAUGAUUAUGAAAACACACAAUUACUAAAUGCAUCAACAUUUUGUCCAUGUGUUGUGUUGUGCCUCCUUCUCAGACUCUACAAAACAUCAAACUGCUCCGAAAAACUUUUUAACAGAUGAGCGAGAACAAAAACAGUUUUUUAAAACGUCAUGUUAUUUCUUGUUACAGGAACAUAAGGACUUGUGAUACGACAACAAAUGGCUGUGUGUCACAGUGAAAUAUGUCUGACUGCAACAUCAGAGUAUCUUGUUAUAAUUGCAAUAUUUUUUCAUGACAAACUGAGCACUACUUCGGUGACAGUGGCGGUGCUAUGCUGCCUUUUCUCACACAGUGAUGACUCAGAAAUCUCAGUGAGCAGUAGUUCAGCCUUGGCCCCUGUUCCCACCGGGAGCUUGUUUUUUUGUGUGUGUUUCUUUCGGCUAGUGGUGCGAAAUAGGUGCUUGGGGAGGGAUGCGCUGUUGGUGGCUCCUGCUGUUGCUAGGCAACAGCUGAAUACCCGCUUGAAGCCCAGUGCGCUUUUUCUAAAAGUUGUGAUAUUUUUAACUCGCUUGAAUCUCAGUUCUGUCUGGAACACGACGACAGGACCUUUUUUUUUUCAAUCAAAAAGACAAAAGAAGUCUGAGGAAAGGGUCCUGCUGGAGGCUGCGUGACCUUUCUCACUCCCGAAGCCAUAGCGCAGAAAGCUGGUGCCACUGCCUGUUUAUCUACUGUAUACGAAGCACAUACACUUAUAUACCCAUAUCAGUGAAGAAUCGAGGGUGUGUGUGACUGAAGCCUCCACUGUACAGGUGUGGGGAGUUCUCCACCGUACCAUGAGUUUAUAAAUGUCUGCAGAUUGUGAGGUUUGUGUCGAACUUCUCUGUUCUGGUUUCUCAUUUCAGGGCAGUCAUUUGCCACAGGGUGCAAUAUUUGUGUGUUUGAGUGUGUGUGUGUGUGUGUCUGCAGCAUGUACAGUACAUCUGUCGCUCUCAGUGUGUAUUCUUUACAAGCCUGGGGGUGGGGAUAUCAGAGGUGUGUGUGUUGUGUGAGAGAUGGAAGGAGAAGGCUUUAUUUCGGAGGACAUAUCAGUCCCCUGCCUUCAGCCCAGGACUUUUUUUCUUAUGAUUUGAUCUGUUUUUCAUGUAUUAUCAGCUUUUUAUGAUAUUAAGUGCUUGUGCCAGGGGUGGCAGGAUUAAUCCAAUGGACUUUGCAGCACUGAAAACUAUUUUUUUUUUUUGUGGGGGUUUGACUUGCGAUCAGCUCCUCUGUACUUUGCGCGUCCACCAUUGGCUGCCUUCACAUUUGUCUCACCCCUAUUGGUCAGACCAAGAUAUUAAAGAGACCGGGCAGUCGGUUUGGUGAAUAGUCCUCAGGUUUCUAUUUAUUUUGAAUAUUUAUUUAUUUAUUUUAGUGGAUAUUUUUAUUGUGCUUUACUCUCUUGUUUUUUUUCUUUUGGUUUUGUACAGCUCAUGCACUUGUGCAAGUACUGUCUGUUGUUGUUCAAAGGGACACUGCUCCAUGUAAAACAUGACUGUUUUUAAAGGGAUAGUACACCCAAUUUGCAUCCUGCAUGUUUUUUUUUCUGUAACGACCAACAUGGUGUGAAUUUCUUUUUCUGCUGUUUUUCUUCUGAAACUUUAGAUUGAAGUUUUCAGCGCUGUUUUUUUGCAGUUUUAUGGUGUCCGUCGUUUUCUUCCACUUAGCUCACUACCACUUUGCCAGAGUGGGACAUCUGUCACUUUAAAACCCAUCUUACACAGGCUUGUAUUUUGAGUGAACUAUCCCUCCGAAAGCGGCAUCGCCUUUUUUUAAGGUGAUGAUGCUUUUAGUCAAAUGAAGGUUUUUUUCAAGGUGAACCACUGAGUCGUUGUAUUGUACUCGUGUCUCAUCCAGUAACAGUGUUGAUGCCUAGUUGACCCUGUUCUAAUACUUAAAAGGUCAAAGGUUACGUGAAGGCGUUCAUGCGUGAUCGUGCUAACCAGACAUGACUCCCCACCCCCCCUCCAAAAAAAGAAGAGAUAGCAGCAUGUACAGUACAAAGGUGUUGUUCUUCUGUUCUUCUUAUAGUGUGUUUACUAGCCUUGAAAAUCAAUAUAAUAGGAUUCACAUAUUUAAAACGAGGGAGUUCACAGUAUUACACAACUGCAACUAACUAGCAGCGUAGCUGGCAUUUUCUUUGCAUGACAGUCAACGGGACACUUGUUUUUUGGUGUUUUCCUUUUUAUUUGUUUUCUCAUUUUCUACUGAAUGCUGGUAUACUCAACCUUUCUCUGUCUAUUUUCUCAGCUUUUUAAGUGCAUAUAACUAUUUUUGUCUCGAGAUGAUAUAAUGAAGAGGAUUAUGAUAAAUAUGGAUGAUGAUGUUAAAGACUGUGGCACUAUGAGGAUGUUGACAGUGAUAAUGAUGAUGAUGAUGUGAUGAAGAUUAUUUGGCAUGCUUUUCUACGGGGCUCUGUGUUGUCAGUGCAGAACGGCUGCCUUUUGUACGUAGCUGAGAGCACCAAGAGUGACAGGAGCUCCACUGAGCCUGCAUGUCACUUUGAGGAACAGCAAAAGAUGCGAGAAGGUUCAAAGAGUGGAUGAGCUCCAGCAGGGGGCGCGGUCACACAGAGUAAAGCACAAAGGCACACAGACAGAUGGCACGUCGAUGCUUCUAAUGUAGCUGCACAAUAAGUUGACGUUAGUGUCAAAACUAACAGACAGUCCAGUCAGAGACAAUAGCAGUUUGUCACUGUAGAAUCAGACAAAGCUUCCAUUAUGAUUAUUGUUCAGGGCUGCACAAUUAUGACCGUCACAAUGAUCGUCCUGAUUACACUUUGACGUCAUGAUCAUGAUGAUGGUACAGGAUUCUUUUCCUCAGACAUUUGGGGAACUAAAUUAUUAUCCUUUACUCAUCCAUGGAUGGAUUACUGGACAGACCUACUGCGCAGAGGCCCAGGGCUCCAAAGUGUCACCUGCAAAAUGUCAUUCAAACUGACUGUAAACAGAUGUAAAAUGAUUACAAAGAGACACAAAAUGACCUCAAAGAGACAGGAACUACAAAGAGACACAGAAUGACUACAAAGAGACUCAAUAUGAUUACAGAAGACGACAAAACAACCACAUACACAAAAAACUACACAAAGACUUAAACGAAACAACAACAGGGAUGCAAAACAGAGGGAAAAGAACCGCAAAGAGACACAAAAUGAAUACAAAGAGACACAUGACAACUAUAAAGAGAUGCAAAACAGCUGCAAAGAGACACAAGAAGACUGACGCCGACUUUGAAAAGAGGCAAAACCACCACAAAGAGACAUAAAAUGAGUACGGAGAGAUUAAAAGCAACUAUGGAGGGAUUCAAAAUGUCUUCAAAGAGACAGGAAGCAACUACAAAGAGACUUGAUAGCUACAAAGAGACGCAAUAUGGUGAAACAAAAGACGACAAAACAACCACGUAACCAAAAAACUACACAAAGAUGCAAAAUAAACAACAACAGAGACGCAGAACAGGGCAAAAGAGGGAAAACAACCACAAAGAGACACAAAAAGACCCCAAACAGUGCAAAGCAACUACAAAGAAACUCAGAAUUUAUACAAAGAGACACAGGACAACUUUAAAGAUAUGCAAAACAACCACAAAGAGAUACAAGACAUGUAAAGAAACUACAUAGAGAUGCAAAAGGCUG